AUGUCGACUCCUACUCCCCCAGGUGGACAACGUACGUUGCAGAAAAGAAGACAGGCGCAGUCCGUCAAGGAGAAGCAGCAGAAACAGACGCCCGCGUCGACCAGACAGGCCGGGUUCGGUGGCUCCUCCAACAGCGUGCUGAAGUUGUACACAGAUGAAGCUAACGGUUUGCGCGUGGACCCGCUGGUCGUGUUGUUCUUGGCAGUCGGAUUCAUCUUCUCCGUGGUCGCCCUGCACGUUGUGGCCAAGGUCACCGGCAAGCUGUUCUAA